GCGGAGCAGCGUAGUUUGCGUCUAAUGGUCUGGAUUCUUUCUCGCUGUCUGGGACUCAAUUGUGUGAAAUAUGAGUUGGCAAAUAAGGUCAACAUUCAAGCCUAGAGCAAGACAAAAUGAUCAAAACUCUUUCCAGCUAGUUGGGCCUGUGGUUCCCAGUAUUGAACAACAUCAGCAAGAAGAGCCACCAACUGACCUUCAGGAUAGUAUGCCUGAUCAAGAGAAAAAAGAUAAAGUAGCACCUGUGGUUCAAGGGCCUUCCCUGGAACCUGAUCAACAGGAACUGGUUCUUCCAAAGACUGGUCGUGAGCAUGGAGACGGCCCUGAUGUCAGAGGGAAGAGACUUGCAAAUCUAGAGUCCCUUAAAAUGCCGGAAGCAGGUGAAGGGCAAUCACAGGUUUAAACGAAGACAAGUUGAAACCAUGCAG